AAAAAAGGUGUGAUUUCUUGUCCACCCAGUCCACGUGUUCCUUCCAGGAAGCUGUUCCAGUGGGAGCAUGGCGGGGGCGCUGCGGGCUGAGCUGGACACUUACCUGCAGGAGCUGGGAAUCCAGCCUGUGUGUGUGGAGCACCCUGAGGUGGGUGAGAGAGAGCUCCAUGCAUGGGGUCUGGACCAUAUUGGUAUUCAUUGGCAGAUAUACUAUAUAUAUAUAUUAAAUUAUUAUUAUUUUACUCAUUGGCAGAUAUACUAAAUAUAUAUAUAUAUAUAUAUAUAUAUAUAUAUAUAUAUAUAUAUAUAUAUAUAUAAAAUUAUUAUUUUACAUUUACAUUACAGUAUAUUCCAGGAUCCAGAGCUACAGGGUUAGUAAUUACAGAUGUACUGGGGGCUUUGUCUAUGAGUGCCACGUGUCAUUCUGGUAGGCUCUUGCACUGCAACUCAGAUUAUGCUCAGCCAGACAGAGACAGUAUUGGCUGCACAGCACUGAUUCUCCUGUAUUACAAGCUCAGUGUGCACAGGCAGAAAGAUGCAAGUCAUGUCAAUGUAGGUGAAUUGGGCUUUCAGCUCCCAUCAUGCUCAACCAGAGGUUGGUCAGCCAAAUAAAAAUUUUUAGAAUUAGAGGUAUAUUUGCUUUCUUUUAAUUGGCAUAAUUAUAUAUAUAUAUGACAUCACAAGACAACUUCACCUAAUGUUACAUUACUUCUGAAAGAGUGACAUAAAAUAAAACUGAAAUGGAAAAAUUCCAUAAAUUACUAAUAAACUUCUUCCAAUAUCUGUACUAUGUCUCAUUGCAUGUGCAGCAGUGUCAUUGUCUGUGUGUGCGCAUAACAAUGUAUGCAUAGUGUGUGCAUACCGUGACUGUGUCUACUAUGAAUGUGUAUGUCACUGUGUCUGGGUAUGUGUCAUUGUGUGUGUGUGUGUGUAUGUAUAUAACAAUGUGAGUGUCUAUUUUGUAGAAUAGAGGUAGAUAUUCUUGCUCCAUUUCUCUCACCAAACUCAAUCUAGUCAGAGAAAAACACCGGCCAUUGUAUUGUGGUAAUUUUGUAACAUCGGCACCUGCCAGAUAGUCGAAUAUCGGGCGUCCUGGUAAAAUUUCCUGGUGGCAGAUUUCCUAGAAGGUUUUACUGAAGAGCAUCUGUCAUGUUUUGUCACCUUAGAUUGAAGGCUAGGGGUAUUUCUUCCUGCUUGAAGUGACAGGUGUGCGCUACUUGAGUGCGCCUGCUUCCCCCACAUACCUCAAACCAGCAUCUACACCUCAUAGCACAAGGCUGCACGCGCGUGCUGAGGGAGCCCUUCAGAGGCCUCUGAUUGGAUAUUUCCCCAUGAAGAGCCUGAAAGGGAUGCUGUAGUGUUAAGAAUGCAUAUCUGUGUUCCUAACAAUAUAGAUGCCUCCUCCCUUCCGGCAGCUAAAGGGUUUAAAAACAAACAAAAACCCUUUAGAUUCUUACCCGAUUCCAGUGCCGAUGUCCCUCGCCGCUGGGUCAGGCCUUUUAUGACUUGGGGUGUUGAUGCGUGGUGAGCCCUGCAAGCACAUUGGGCCCUCCCCAUAGGAAAGCAUUACUUCAGUGCUGAAUGUCCUCAUGCAUAGUGUGCGGAUAUGCAGUGUCAGUUGCGGUCUGAUUGACAACCACUAGAGGUAGUUUUAGUCCUGCAAUGUAAUUAUUUGUUUUUUAGUAACUGCAGUGAUUUACAUUGCAGGACUGAGUGAGACUUAGACACUGCACCCAGACCACUUCAAUGAGAUGAAGUGACCAGGGUGACUAUAGUGUCCCUUGAAAGUCUCUUGCGGAGGGAAAAGGGGAGGGCUUGCAAAUACUGCAGUUCAUAAGAACUGCAUGCAUGAAAAUAUGUGCAUGUAUUUAUUGGUGGUGUAACCACCUAAAUGGUGAAUUAUAUAUAUAUUAACAAUAUGGGCAGGGGAGUGUUCCUUUAAGGCGAGAAUCUCUGCAGCUGAGCUGCUCAGCCAGACUCGUCUCAAUGGAUUUAAAGGGCUAUAUGCAAUUUAAGCAUAAUGCUGACUAAACAUGGCCCCAGGUAUCGAUUGGCUUUAACUCUGCUCACACCACAUUGUAGAUAAUGGGGAUUUAUAUCCGCAUUUAAAGGGCAAUAUACAGCGCUCACUUUGGGAGCUGCAUACAGAGCAUCUGAAAGUUCAGUGACCCCAGCUGACAGAGGGGAACUCAAGGUAUUGAUUGAUAUCAGAACACCCUGGUGUGAAUAGUGAUUUAACCCUGCUCACACCAAAGAGUUAGGCAGUGAUAAUACGUCCUACCAGCAUUAAAGCCCAGUAUAGUCAGGAUGUACUGACACGUCCUAACAUCGCAAAGUGGUAAAAUCAUCAUCUGAUUAUUUAUUUACACCAGGGAUACCCAAAACGGAGAUCCCCAGAUGUUAUAAAACUACAGCUUCUAUGAUGCUUUGUCAUUCUAAGGGCAUACAGAGUAUCAUGGAAGUUGUAGUUGUACAAUAUCUGGGGAUCUACCUUUCGGGUACCCCUGGUAUACAUAAUCAUUUUAAAACUAUUCUCCAAAAUGAUUAUUAUAACAUGUUUAGAUGAAAAUAAUUAGAUUGUUUUUGUAAAUUGAAGUAGUGAUAUUUGAAUGGUAUCACACCUUUAAAACCAUCUGCAACAGUUUCCGAUGGGAAUAAAAAUAACAAAACCAGCAAUGAUGCCAGUAGCCAUUUGGAACCUGGGAUUUAUAAACUGGAUUGAUAAAAUAUCACAAUGCAGGGAACAGGGUUAACAAAAUGCAUUGCUUGAACGGACUAAUGAUUUAGAUUACCAAAGAUUCUCAAGUCAGUUACAAACCCCAUAAACCCACCUUUCUACAAACUUAGUUAUGUUUUGCUCUAGGACAGGCAUAGGCAACCUUCGGCACUUCAGAUGUUUUGAACUACACCUUCCGUUAUGCUUUGCCAGCAUUAUGGGUGUAAGAGCAUUACGGGGGAUGUAGCCCACAACAUCUGGAGUGCCGAAGGUUGCCUAUCCCUGCUAUAGAAGUUCUGCUACAUCUAAUGGUCCACGUUCUCCAUACAAAUGGAGAAUAAACAUACUCACAAAAAAAAGGUGCUUAUGUAUAGGCACUUCAUAAAAAGCAUGUUGCGAGCCACGCCGACAGUACAACUGUUCAAAGUAUCAACACCUCUUGCUGACCUCUAGCUGUAUGUGUAUCACUGACUGAUGCUUGUGUAAUUUCCACCAACUCUCAGGACAUUUACCAUCUUAUUCUACAGCUUUCUUAUGGUGAACUCUUCACUAUAUCAAAUGCAAUUAAUUAGGUUUCUGGGAGGUGUACUUCAGUCAUUUUGAACUGCCACAUGUAGCACCCAUUGCUGUGCCCAUUAAGCAGUGUUUCCCAUCCCAGUCCUCAAGGCAUACCAGCAGUUCAGGAUAGUUGCAACAAGUCACUUUCUGCUUUGGUUAAAAACGUAUUGCAAAUUCUUUACAGUCUGGAAGUUUGCAGGAUAUUCAAAUGUAGGUUUCAUUUAUUUAAUAUACUUUUUUUUUAUUUUUAACCCAUUUGUAUCAGGCAUUAAAAAAAACAUGGACUAAAUGUAGGCUGGAGUGUUUUUUGAAUUGUCCAUGUUACAUUUGUGUUUUGCAGGUCUUUACAGUGGAAGAGAUGAUGCCUCAUGUAGAGCACUUGCAAGGAGCACACAGUAAAAAUCUCUUUCUCAAAGACAAGAAAAAGAAAGGGUUCUGGUUGGUGACAGUUUUACAUGACCGACAAGUAAAUCUCAACGACCUUGCCAAGAAGUUAAACGUUGGCAGUGGAAACCUUCGCUUUGCCGAUGAAACAGCUAUGCUGGAGAAGCUUAAAGUAGGCCAGGGAUGUGCCACACCGCUAGCCCUGUUUUGUGACAAAGGAGAUGUGAAGUUUGUACUAGAUGCUUCAUUUCUUGAAGGCGGUCAUGAAAGGCUUUACUUCCACCCAAUGACCAAUUCUGCCACCAUGGGUCUGACUCCAGAGGAAUUCAUGAGUUUUCUGAAAAAAACUGGACAUGAACCUAUACUGAUACAGUUUGAUACAUAAACAAAAAAUUAAAUACAAGUUUUAACACCAGGAAAAGAAAAUACAUUUAUUCUGUUCCAACUGUUGUGUGAAACAUGGUAGUAGAUGACAAAGCUCUUCUGAAAUUACGGGCACCCAGGUACCCUAACAUAUUGGGUGCAUUAUUGGGUACGUGGGGAUUUUCUUUUUUUGUUUAGUUUGUAUGCCUACCAUCUGUGUCUCCCUCCAAUGUACUCUGGUUUAUAUUAUUACUCCCUAAAUACUCUACAUGUUAUGACUUGGGUUACUGUGAGUUCUAGUUAAACUGUUGUUUUCUUACACAAGUGAGCGAACAGUUAAAUGGCUGACAGAACCCCUGAUUGUGCCCAUAAAGUAUUUAUUUAGGUAAAAAGUUCAGUAGUGUUAUAGAAAGUUCAUCGAAUCUAGAUUUCCUUUAAGUUUAAAGCAGUUCUGUUUUUCAUGAAGCUUUUAUCUUUAUGAAAUGCUCAAAGACUGUAUUGGAAUUUUAGUAAAAUACCAACACAGUCUAAAUAAGUCUUAUGAUAAAUUCUUGACCAAAUUUUACGGUACGAUCGCGAUUAGCGAUGGUUUUGUUGGGAAAAAAGGCAUUGUCUCACUUGUGUGGUAAUAUCUAUGUGAGAAUAUGGCACUGAUGUGGUUUCAUGACUCAUGUUACAAACGUCUUCCAUUUAUAUAAAGGAACACUUCCCUGCCCAAAUGCAAAAUAAAAACACCAUUUAGUAGAUAUGUCUCCAAUGAAACAAUGUUUACAUUUUAUAAUGCAUUUUUUUUCAGUGGGAUAUCUAAAAACAGUUUGCAAAAUCUGAAGCCCUCCUCUUCUAACUACACCCAGACUCUCUGUGGCUGUCCAAUCACAGACUUCCCAAUGCAGCUCAACGAGAAUUCUUUGCAAGGCAGGUGCUCUGAGCAAUUGCUGCCUCUUGAGGUGCAUUGAGCUAACUAAACCAGGAAGUAACAGGUUAUUUUGUCUGACAGCCAGGAAGGAGGGGUGUAACAAGGUUAAUUUUGAAAAAGUAUCACUUUCUAUUAAAAUAUUUUUGUAAAACGAAACAAAAGGGACACUAUUCACACUUUAAGCACUCACCAAAU